CCCAGUGUAAUGUGUGUGUGUUAGUCAGCAGCAAGUUGCAUCUACUUUACCAAACCUUCACAAUCUUUUACCAGCAAGCAGCCUUAACUGAGUUCAUGCCCAAGAAUCUAAUGCUACCGGUCAUAUGAAGGAGCAUGGAUGAGCGGCUAAAUAUUCAAAUAUUAUCAAAGCCAUUUAGGAACAUAGCUGCGUUGUUUUCUUGCUCGACUUGAUGGCUGCCAACCCCAUCAUCUCCUCAGCGGCCUCUCUCCUAGUCCCUUGGGAGGCUUCCAGAACUGUAACCUGUCAUUGCCGUAGAUGCGACGCCCUGUUAGCAAUCGCUCCGAACUCAUGGACUAGCUGCGAUUCCUACUUAUUCACACCCGGGUCGAUCUGCCUAUUUGACAAUAACAUCCUUUCCAAUCCGCGUUCUGAGCCGCACCCAACCGAGGAUGGACAAUAUCAGUCAACCAUUUGCAAAAACUGUCUGGAAACUGUUGGGCAAGGGGUUCAGAAGGAAAUGUUUAAAGAUGGAUAUCCUCAGUUCAACCUCUUUUGGUCCUCGCAUUCAAUCCUCCUACGGGAUCUCACUACUAGAGAGCUAGUCCCUUCACGCCUAGAUGCGGUUACGAAACAAUCGUCUUUGGAGGCCGCGGAUCCAAAUAACUGUGAAAAACGCACUUAUCAGCAACAAACAGGUGGUCAAUCCGGCAGUAAAGACAACGAAAGGCACCUAAACACCCCGUCUGCAAGAGCUACCUCGGACGAAAUGCACGUCAUGAUCAACGAAUGGAAGCAUACAAUCAGCUCUCUACGGGAUGAGAUUCAGUGCCUAAAAACUACAAUCUCGUCCCGAAAUCACACACCACAAGCACCAUUACAUGAUGGCUACGAACUAAUCGCCACGGCGUUGCGGGAAGUUAGAGCGAAAGGGAUUGAAAUAGAAGCGCUUAAACAAGAAAAUCAUUCUCUAAGGUUUAAAUGCAGCCAGUUAGAAAAUAUGUUGUUAACUCGGGUUGAGCCAACCUCUGGUCUUAAUAACCGUCCUUUUGUCGCGUCUCCGAAUAUAGAUGGCGGGGCUCUAGUCUUGAAUCAAAGAGAUCACCCCUUAAACUUGAAUUCCAACGGGAAACGCCCGUUCCCAGAAGAAAUUUCUCUGUUUGAUGCUGGGCGCGGUCAACGGAAUUCAAAAGGACGGAAUUCGACGGCGAACACGGCGUCUCAACCUCCUUAUAACAACUCGCAGCCGAUCUGCCUCGUUUCAAAUAUAACCCAUCAUGGAGGCUCGAAUUCUGACACUGAUGAACUUGCUGAACCGUGGCAGGGUCCAAAAUAUCGAGCAUUAUCUAGUAACGUCAAUUGUAGAGAGAGCAAUGCAAAGGAUUCCCGCACAAGCCCAAACAAACGUCAAGCGCACGAGCGAAACCAAGCUUUCCAAGUCGACCCUGCCAAACCAAGUCAAGAGAAUGCUACCAGAAAGAAACCUCCUGGACGACCGCGAAGAGGGUCUUUAUCCGCAAAGGCUUCGACGAAAAAAAUACCUUUAAAAGAAUCCGAUACUAAUACCCAGGUCACAACAAAGCCGCCUGGUCCUACGGAGGCCAUUAACGGACAAGCCGUAGAGUCCCGAACCCUGGACAAUCCUCAACCUGUGAACAGAGCAAGAAGAGCCAGUGCGCGACUCUCAAGACGCUCUUCCCUUGCCCCUCCAGAUAAUGAAAAUACUCAGCAUUCCUCCAGCACUGAGCCCAAUCAGGUCCACACAGGGGAGGAACCGGUAGCACAGUUACAGGGUGGUGAACUACAAGAAAGCCCGUCCUCUCCUGCACCAAACAUUCAGACCCAUGAGCAAACGAUCCCCAACUCUCAAACCGACAGUGAUAACCCACCGCUUGAUCAGAAGGAUUCUCGCCCGAUUGCCAACGAGCAAGAAGAAUCUACACAGACAACAGCAAAAUCCACAAGCCUUCACCACCCGACUCGUGGAAGACGUAAAUCGCAAAUCGCAGCCCGCGAUUCUCUCGCAAAAUUAGCCAUGCAGAGAGAAGAAGCAUUGGAAAUGGCCGCAGGUUGAAGUGAGGAAGAGGUGGGGUGAGGAGCCAACGCUGAUCGAUUUUGGGCCUUCAGUUUUGUUUCCCUGUCAGUAAAUAUGCAUUUGACAAGUCUAUAUCCAGUAACAGACAUUAAACAGCUUAGUCAAGGUAGAAAGUUGAUGGUUCUUCAAUUGUCAUACCCACUAGUCAAAUAAUUUUAGGGUAGCCAAAUCUACCAACCCCCCGAAGCCUAUUAGUGUAGUUUAUACGCUGCAUCAUGAAUAGUUGCCUACCCACACCAGCCUUGAAAUCGACUAUACAUACGGAGUAUAUGUACAUGCACAUGGAAAAGCGAAUUCCAGAUGUUAUUUAAAGUAGGAUAUUAAAGCGGGAUAACACACGAAGGUCUUGAAAAAAGACAGCAAACAAAAUUGCCAGAUUACUUUACAGUCAUGAACCCACAUCCUUCCCUCGCCCUCUGGCAAGCCUUCUUCAGCGCUUGCUCCUCAGUAUCUGUCCAUUUCACGUUGAGUUCAUGCCACGGCUUCUGGCUGCGAAAUUCCUGCAUGUAGGUCUUAUGUAGCUCCUGGAGACGGGAAACCUCCCGUGGGUCGCCUGUGCCCGAGUACACCAUGAACAGCGUACAUGGUGGUAAGGAAUCAAAGAUUCGUUGGAUACACGAGACUGUUUUCGCGACUGCAGAGGCGAGGCGCUCGGAUUCGG